CAAUGCGGGGUUCACCCGAGCCGAGUUGCCAACCCUAGCCCUAACCCUAGUUUUAAGUCCAUGUCCAAUUUAUUCCGAUUGCGCGUGGGCGAUCCCCCGCAUGUCUCAGGGAGGUUCUGUAGGGCCGAGCUUGACGUAUGAGUACCGCCUCUGUCCUGACAUGCGACAGACACUGUUUGGGGUGUGUGCUAUCACGUUUAGGGGUUGACAUGUCAGUGAACGUGUUCUUGACCGUGGACCCGUUUUUGAAAAUUAAUUGGUUUAAUGUGUGUUUUGCAGGUUUCAUUCACAUUUAACAGUUUCAGAUGUUGAAACAUGUGUGUUUGCAGUCUUUUAAACCAUCUGAUGUAGGCCUUGCAUCCAUGUGAGCUGACUUUGACCUUUGGCCUUUGCAUUGUAGCUAUGUGCUUUUGUGUUUGUCAGGUUUCAUUCAAAUGUAACACUCUCAGAUGUUGAAGCAUGUGUGUUUGCAAUCUCAGUUUUGUCUUUUACACCAUCUAUUGUAGGCCUUGCAUCCAUGUGAGCUUACUUUGACAUUUGGCCUUUGCAUUGUAGCUAUGUGCUUGUGUGUUUUGCAGGCUUCAUUCACAUUUAACCACAUUUACUUUGACCUUUGCACUCUCAGAUGUUAGGACUUUUUGUUACCACGUAGGCCACAAACAGAUUUUUUGUUACCAUGUAGGCCACAAAACCACGAACCAUGUUUUGCUGCCCACUUUCCCAUUAGAUAAAGCAUUGGCCAUUUUCCCUCAGGUUUGACCAUAUCCCCAUUAGCUCAACGUCACGACUCUGAAUCUCCAUCUUACGACUACAUUUACGAUGGCCGUCGACCAGUAUCCCCUGUGCCACAGGGACUACGCACAGCUCAGCCAGCACCUGCGGGUAACCCACAAGGUUAUGAACGUGACGGAGCGCAAGCUUCUCCUGGCCCUGGAAUCGGGCAGGGUGAACGUGCGGGUCGGAGUUUGCCCCGUUCCGGGAUGCUUCCGGGAGUCGAAUCGGCUGGACCGGCACCUGAAGAGCCACACCGAGCUGUCGGCGACAGCGCGGAGGAACGCGAUGGCGGCCUGCAAACGCAAGAAAAUCCUGCAGGACCUGGCCGAGCUGAGGGCCUCCAACCCGGAGGUCCAAAUGGCCUCCUCGCUGGAUCUGGACGAGCCCAAUUCUGAAGGGGAGAAGGAGGUUCCAGCCGAGGAGGAGGAGGAGGAGGUCUGUGAGAACCGGGGCUGCAAGACCAAGGUGUCUCGGCUGGCUGAGGAGAACACAGAUCUGAGAAACCAGGUGGAAACUCUGGCCAGCACACUGAGGGAGGUGUCCCGGCGCUACAGAUCCCUGCAGCGGCAAAGGGGAAAGAAGCCCUCCGACCAGCUAAAGAGGGUGACCAAGCAGCUCCUGCGAUCGUUCCAGAGGGAGGACGAGGACAAGGACGAGGAUGCUGUGCCUCCCACUCCACCGACGGAGGGCACCUCAUCAUCACAGCCGACCUCAUCGGCUGUGCUCAGCCCCCAGCUGCACUCCUCCCAGCGCUCCUCCACCCCCCAGCGCUCCUCCACCUCCCAGCGAGCCAGGAGCGAGAGCCCGCCGCACUUCCCCGAGCAUGUGACAUGCUUGAACGUGCUGCUCAACGAGUACAGGAGGCACCAGGAGGGUCCCGAACCAACUCCUAAGCUGAGGGAAAACGUAGGGGGGAAGAUAUAUCUAAUUAAGAAUUUUUUGUCCUUCAUGGCCAAAGGAAGGUCAAAGCUCCACACUCUGACCUUCCUGAACGACAUGGACAGGAUCCGGGGGUGGGUGCACAGCCUUAGGAAAAAAGUCAUCGUCGACACCACCAUAAACCACUACUUAAAAAACGUGGCGCAAUUCAUAGACUACGUGGUUGACACCCCUACUGUGACCUGUCGGCUUUCGAAAAAGGCGCUGGUGGGAGUCCGUCGGGAGGUCCGGUCUCUAAUUCGAGGGUUGAAGCGGCAGGUCACAGUCCACCAAAUGGCGGUGAAGAGGUCGAAGGACGGGCGGCUAAUUUCUAAGCAAACCCUGAUCCGGUGCAGGGCAUUAGCCAAGGCCGCGAUCCCGAGGAUUUUCGACCAGCUGGUGAGAGACUUCUCUCAGAAGACUCAGUUUCUUCUUUACGGAUAUCUAACCGCCUAUCUUGGGUCCAUUUAUGGUCACAGAUGCGGCGUGUACCAGAAUUUAACGAUAAAAGAGGUGGAGGAAGCCGUCCAUUCUGGGGAGGUGUUCCUGAUUAACGUGAACACGCACAAAACCAACCAGGCCUUUGGACCGGCACAGCUGGCGCUUGUGAAAGAAGAGUAUGGGUGGUUUAAGAGGCUGCUGAGCAUCAAAGACAAACUGGUGGGCGGGACUGAGGCAGUCUUCUUUUUCUACACCUCCAAAAAGAACCCGUGCAAGAAUCUCAACAAUUACCUCCAGAUGGCGUGGAAGGAGAUGGGGCUGACGGGAACCCCCACUUUCACGGACCUCAGGAGCGCCAUUGCCACGCACGCAAGGAACUCCCACGGGGCGGACGCGCGGCUGAAAAUCUCCAAGUUCAUGUGCCACAACACAUCAACGGCAGACAAAUUCUACGCGGUUAACCUAAACUGCUCUCAAGCUAUGGAUCACCGCCGCCUUUUCGAGGCGGCAUUGGAGGGACCAGACAUCUCCCCAGACAAGGUGGUCAGCAAGAAGAGAAAGGCGGCGGACGAAGCUCCUUGUUCUUCCAAGCACAAACGCAGCUCUCCCUGCCGCUCCUCGAGUCCUGGGAGCACCACUACGGACGAGGAGGAGCCUGUUUACCAGGAGUCCGGCGUGUCGUGCCUAGACGAGGGCGAGGACUUGAAGGAACCCCGGCCCACACCAAGGAGAAUGCUGCCGAAGAACAAGAGGCCCAUGGUGAUCCUCACACCGCUAAAGUUCCCUCGCCGGGCCAUCCUGACCUCCCCGGUCGGCAGCACCGGGAGCAGCCGCAGUUCGCCCCACACCAAAUCGUCCAGCAGCAUCAAGGGUCCGUCUUACAGGCGUCGCAUAAUAAAAACUUUCACACCGCUGGGCGUCGCCAAAGCCACGAAGGCUAAGGCAAAGGUCCAAAAGGCCUUAAAGACUCGAGCCCAAAAAAAAGCCAAGAAAACGGUGGUUAUUGUUGUGUUUUGAAAUUUGUUCAGACAUGUUCAGACAGGAACAGUUGUGUUUUUAAAAUGUUCAAUUGUUCCCGAUGUUGCCUAAAUGUUCAAUGUUCUUGUUUUCUGUUUUUAAACUCUUCAGAUGUUCAAUUGUUCCUGAUGUUGCCUAAAUGUUUGAUGUUCUCAUUUUCUGUGUUUAAAUUGUUCAGAUGUUCAAUUCUUCCUGAUGUUGCCUAAAUGUUCGAUGUUCUCAUUUUAUGUUUUUAAAUUGUUCAGAUGUUCAUUUGUUCCUGAUGUUGCCUAAAUGGUCGAUGUUCUCAUGUUGUGUUUUUAAAUUGUUCAAAUGUUCAAUUGUUCCUGAUGUUGCCUAAAUGGUCGAUGUUCUCAUGUUGUGUUUUUAAAUUGUUCAGAUGUUCAAUUGUUCCUGAUGUUGCCUAAAUGGUCGAUGUUCUCAUGUUGUGUUUUUAAAUUGUUCAGAUGUUCAAUUGUUCUAUGAUGUUUCGUGUUCUUUUUUCAUUUGAUUCACUUGUAAAUAGUUUAAUUUGAAUCCACUUUAUUCUUUUAAAUUGCUGUUUGGUAACUUUUGGUUUUAAUAAAUGAUGGCCCGUUCA